GGGGAGCGGGGCUUCUCUUGCUCCUGACGCCAAACGACCGGCUCCUCUCCUUCUCAACUGGGGAAGACCGCCGAAUCGGGGGGAAUCGACGCGCAUCCACCUCCGGCGCCGCCAUGCUGCUCCUCCGCAGCCACCUCCUCCCUCUCCACCGCGCGGCCUCCGCGCUCCCUUCCCCCAUCUACCAUCGCGCCUGGCUCCUCUCCACCUCCACCUCGGCCUCCACCGCACCGUUCUCCCUCGAGGACUACCUCGUCGCCGCCUGCGGCCUCCACCCAGCUCAAGCCCUCAAGACGGCUAAGAAGGCGUUCGAUCAAGCAUCCAAACAUUGUAACAAGAGGGCAUUCGAGGAGAUUUGCUGGUCCCGCCUCAAAUCUGCUUCCAACCCCGACGCCGUCAUUGCCCUGCUCUCCGGAGUCGGCCUCUCCAGCGCCGACAUCGCCAAAGUCGUCGUCACGGACCCGCUGCUCCUCCGCGCCUCGCCCAAGAAUAUCGGCCCCCGCCUUCAUGCUCUCCGUGACCGCCUCGGUCUGCCCACUCCCCAGAUCGCUCGCUUCCUCGGGGUCGGCUCACGCGCCCUCCGCACCUGCGACGUCGGUCCAAAGCUCGAGUUCUUCAUCUCCUUCUUCGGUUCAUUUGAACAGCUCCUCGCGAUCAUAAAGAAGAGUGACCGCAUUCUACAGGUGGAUGUUGAAAGGGUUAUCAAGCCUAAUAUCGCGCUGCUUCGUCAGUGGGGCUUAAGUGUUCGAGAUAUUGCCCAGGUGUGUUCACAAAACUCGUGGCUGCUUACCUAUAGGCUGGACCACGUCAAGGAGUUAUUGUUGCGCGCGGAAGAGCUUGGAGUGCCUCGCAGCUCGCGAAUGUUCAAGUAUGCAGUGUCAGUCGUCUCAAAUAUCACCAAAGAAAAGGCUGCUUCCAAGCUUAAGUUUUUGAAGAGUACUCUUGGUUGCUCCGAGAGUGAAAUUGCAAUUGCAGUGCCCAAGAUACCAAGUAUUCUAGCAUUGUCUGAGGAGCUCCUUCUCCGCAAGAUUCAGUUCUUGAUCAAAGAGGUUGGAAUGAAACCUCAGCACAUUGUUGAAAGGCCUGUCCUGUUAGCACACAGCCUGGAGAAGCGGCUAGUGCCCCGGCAUUGUGUCAUGAAGUUUCUGCAGGCAAAGGGAUUGCUGAGUAGUAAAAUGGGCUUUUACUCACUCGCUCAAAUUGGAGAGAAGACUUUCAAAUUGAAGUACAUCGACUCUCACAAGGACUCUGUUCCUGGGCUUGCAGAUGCUUAUGCUGCAGCUAGUGCUGGUGUUGUGCCCUCUGGAAUUAAUUUUGAACAUCUUAAAAUAUUCCAAUCCUUUUUGUUCGAUGGUGCAAGUGCAACUCACGCUCAUUAGCAGCUGGCGAUGGUGCAGGCAUUCUCAAUUCUUCUUUCUGCGGUAGAACAACUGGUGACCUAUGACUGCUCAUCGUCCAUGUUUAAGUUAUGGUUGUCUAUUAUUCUGUCAAAGAGCUGAUUGGCUUAUUCUGGAGCCUUACUGCACGUGUUUGUUAGUUGCUUAUUCUGUAUAGCGCAUGGCUGAAGAUUAUCCUUAACUGAGGUGUUCAUCUUUGGAUAGGCCCUUGUCCUAGCACCUGAUCUAGCUGGAAUUUGUUAGCACUGGUUUUCCCUUUUUCUCUAACCGUGUUUGCUCAAUAUGUUUCAUCUCUACUGACAUUUUAUAGCGCUCACUGAUACAUAUUUGUUCCCUAGUU